AACCCGAAAGAAAACGUUGUUCGUGUUGCGCCUGCUGUUCAUUUAUAAACACGACCAGCGAGAGCAAAACUCAGAUGUUUAAAUGUAGUCUGAAUGUUUAUGUUAUUGUAAAAUAAAGGCGCAGAAAGACAGUGAAUUAUCUCUUCCAGUUUCUCUGGCAGUGAUGGAUCCCCUGAACAGUCUCUCUAACUUCGAGUCAGAGAUUGAGUCUGAUGGACAGGGCUCGUAUUCCCUCUUUCCUGCUCUGGACAACAUAUCUAGUCUGGCAGGAGCACCAGAGACUCUGGAAAAUGAACCACCAGGAGAAGUUGUCGACAAACCUAACCUCACAUGGCUUGAUGCUGCCCAGAUUGUUCUUGAAGAAGCAGGACGUCCGAUGCACAUCAAGGAGAUCAAGCAGAUGAUCAUCGCUCGGGGAUUGGUGCAGUCGAAUGCAAAGUCCAGCCUCGAGGCGGUGAUGUACCGUGAGACUCAGAAAGGGAGCAGGCGCUUCAAGAGGAUUGAGAACAGAAACGGAGUCUUUGCUCUCAUGACUGAUGAGGAGAGACAGCAGACUCUGCAGGCCUUUUCCACUCAAUCAGCCUUCUCGAGCUCGGGUUCUUCUCUGCCCUCUGGUUCUCCUCACCGUCACUCCGAGCACAGGCCUAAAGUCAAAAAGGCUGUUCGCAAAAACCAGAAUGAGAAGUACAGGCUCAAGUACCUCCGUCUCCGGAAGGCUGCUCGCGCCAUGAUUUUUGAGAACGCAGCUCUAGGUGAUGAGGUCGCCCGCUUGGAGGAGAAGUUUGUUCGGGCAAAAGAAGAAAGGAGGUUUUUGUUGAAGACUCUAUUGCAGUACCAGUCGUUGGCAGAAGGUGAGCUACUCCCAACCCCUGGGAGCAGUACACACCCUCCUGCCUCUUUCAGCUCCACUGCAGCAGGGGGCGCUGCCUUACCCACUAGCCAAAGCCAGGCUUCUGGUGCUUCAGCGGCUGAUGAUGGCCUUCUGAAGAAACCCAAGAAAGAACGAAAGGAGCGAGGGAAGGAGAACGGAAGAGAAGAAGGGACCAAAAAGAUAUCCAAGAAAAGAAAAGUGGCUGAGGGUGGUAUGCGUAAACUGGUCCAGCCCAUCCCACUGGACUCCUCCGGCAGGCCUGUCUUUCCCAUCGUUUUAGGAGGACUGACUGUCUACAGCCUGGGCGAGAUCAUCACAGAUAGAGCUCUCUUCCAUGAUGAUGGCGCCAUUUACCCUGUAGGCUUCUGUAGCACACGAGUAUUUGCCAGCGUGAAGAACCCAGAGCAGCAGUGCCUCUACACCUGUCAGAUUAAAGAUGGCAACCAGGGACCACAGUUUGAGAUCGUGCCUGAAGACGACCCACAGAACGCCAUUGUGGCCUCGUCAGCUCUGAGCUGCCAUACAGAGCUACUGAAAGCCAUCGCUGCCAAGAGAGGCAAGCCUUUGACCAGCAUCAUCCCCAACGGUGCGGACUUCUUCGGUUUCUCAGACCCGACCAUUCAGAACCUGAUUCAAAGCUGUCCUGGCGCUCGCAAGUGCAGCAAUUAUCAGUGGGUGCGCUUCGAGGUGUGUCGACUCGGAGAAGGACAGGCCUCUCACGCGCUGUCCGAGGAUGAUGCGUCUGUGAAUUUCGAAGCAUUUCAGCGCCUGCUGCAUUGCGAGGAUACUGGGAGUGGUCAGGGUCUGUCUACUGACCAGAGCAAUACAGUGCGACCCACACAAACCGGCGUUUCAUCACAUCAACACUUACUGAGUUCAGCAUCUCUACAGACACCUACAUGUGGCCCUCUCUCCAGCACCUGACCUGACCCUACUAAAAAAUUUGGACCUGGAACCCAGAAAUAAGUGGAUUGAACAGGGUUGGCUUGUUGAGGCUGGAUGUCUGGUGGCUCAGAAACUUUAGCUUAUCUGUCUGAGUGAUUGUGUUGUACAGCCAUAGGAGUGCACUCGCUACACUCAGCAACAAGCUAUUGUCUUUUGUUUUAAUCCUGUACAUACUGUAUAUCCCUAUGUAUUACAUUAACUGUUUCAAAUUUGUGUAAGUCAUCUCUGAUUAUCUUCACAAGUUGUGAUUAAACAGUAUUUUGUAAAAA